AUCAUGAGAACAGGUGAAGCGGCCCUCACCGCUAUGGAUUAUAGACUUUACUGGAUUUUAUUGCUCACAUUUUGCUCAGCAUACUCCCAGGCGCCUGAUGUUAUGCAAGAAUUGAUGUGUCAAGAGGUUGUUGCCGAUCAGAGCUACAGCUGUGAAGGUCUUGGACUACAAAAUGUUCCUAGUAGCAUUCCUUUGACCACAGAAAUUCUAGAUUUCAGUUUCAAUUCUCUUUAUGCGCUUUAUGAUUCAACCUUCAGCAGACUAAGAAAUCUGACAUAUUUAAAUUUGGCAAGAUGCAACAUUAACUGGAUAUACGACUACGUGUUCCAAAGUAAUAUUCAUCUCAAAACAAUUAUACUGAUUGGAAAUCCUGUGUUAUACAUUAAAGACUAUGCAUUUUCUGGAGCAAUACCAGUAAGUCAUCUGUUCUUGCAGCAAACAUCAUUAACAAAUGUAUCAAAAAUCAAAGUGACAAAUUUGAAUGCUUUGGAAAAUUUGAAUUUUGGACACAAUUUUAUCUCUUCUGUGUGGCUACCGGACACUUUGCCAACAAGGAACCUACAAACUUUGGAUUUUCGAUUUAACGUCAUAACAAAGAUAACAACAAAAGAUACAGAAAUUUUAAAGAAUAUAAAAAACCUCAGUCUGUUAUUGAUAGGUAAUAAUAUUGAUUAUAUUGAACCAAAUUCUUUCAAUUCAAGUGUGUUGAAUAUUUUGGAUUUGACAGCCUGUGGCCAGAAUGCCAAUUUGUCAGAUCUUUUAGGUGGUUUAAAUGGUUUAACUACCAAUAUUCUUAGAAUUGGAACAUUUGAAAACAUGAAAAAGAAGUUUCCAGUCACUCCAAAUACGUUACAUGGUCUUUGCAAUAUUUCAGUAAAUGAAGUAGAUUUACAACAUACACAUUUUGAUCAACUGUCACCCAAUACAUUCUUCUGUUUAAGCAAGGUUCAAAAGUUAGAUUUGACAAACACCUGGAUUGAUUGCUUUCCUAAGUUUAAUAAUUCGCUAAGGGACCUCAUACUGCAUAAAAAUGAAUUCAACAGUCUUUGUGAUAUAAAAACAGAGAGUUUAACAUUACUCACAAGCCUUCACGUACGGUACAACCAAAAAAUGAUAAGCAUGGGAACAGGUUGUUUGAAAAAUCUUCAAUCUCUUCAAUUUUUGGAUUUAAGUCAUAGUAUUGAAGAAACGAAGGCCUGUUGUAGCAACCACUCUAUGGGUCUUGUUGCCUUGAAGUAUCUAAACCUCAGUUCCAAUGGUAGACUUACCCUCUCACAACACUCCUUUCCAGAUAGUGAUAACCUGGAAGUCCUAGAUUUUGCUUACACCCACAUUUUCAUUCCUGAGUCUUUUAGUCCAUUUAGUAAUUUGAAACUCCUAAAAGUACUAAAUAUGUCCCAUAGCUAUAUUAAUGGAAGUAAUGAUCACAUCUUAGAGGGUCUUCAUAAUCUCAGCUACCUGAACCUCAAGAAAUGUUCAUUUUAUUCUGGAGUUAUCAAAGAAAGCAACCUCUUCAAACAUGCAGUAAACUUGAAAGACCUAAUAUUGUCCUCCUGUGAAAUAACCGCAAUAGAGGAACACGCAUUUUCAAAUUUGAAAAAGCUCACUUACGUAGAUCUAAGUCAAAAUCAGCUAUUGCAAUUCAGUAGCAAUGCCUUUGGAGACCUCAGUUACAUCUACCUAAAUUUUGCUUUUAAUAGGAUUACAAUUAUACCUUUUAAUUUGGUGCACAACAUUGGAAAUCAAAGUAUUAUUAAUUUAAGUCACAAUCCACUUGAUUGCUCGUGUUCCAAUACCCAAUUCAUAUCAUGGUAUAUGGAAAACCUGAAGAUGUUUGAGGAUAAUAGCAAUACUGUGUGCUGGUCUCCUCAAUCUGCAAAUGGAACCAUGCUUUCUAUGUUAAAAAUUAAUUGUAAGACUUCAUCUGGUGUCAUAUUUGUGAUCAUUCUAGCAGUAAUAGUUGUGAUCAUUAUUAUAAUAGUUGCUGUAAGGUAUUAUAGGAAGAAAUUGUAUUCUGUAAUUUAAAAAAAAUGACCAUUUUCAACCAUGCAUUUUGUUGAGCCAACAUCAUUAUCAAAAAUAUAAAACAUCAAAUUGACAAAUUUGGAUGCUUUGAAAAUUUUUAAAUUUGGGCACAAUUUAAAUCUUUGGGGCAUAAAAGUCUGUAUUUUGAGCAUGCUCCAUUGUACAGAUUUGGAAAAUGUUAUUCCGCAUUAUACAUCUUUAUCCUACCGAUUCUAUUCUAUAUCCCCACUCUAAAAUACAUUAUUUCUGUAUGCUGUACCUGUGUACUUAUAUCAGAACUUUUUUUUUUCCUUACCUUGGUUUGAAGUUGUGCAUUGGAUGAAGCACAGAAUUGUAUUGAAUUGUAGCUCAGCUAACUGUUCAAUGCUUACCAAGUAUCCAAAAUAUGGCAGGACAGUCUGUAUUUCUGUUCCUGUCCCACUAUUCCAGGUAUGUCCAGGUCAGUUUCUCCAGAAAGCAUAGCGUGAGCACAUUAUUACAUUACAGACCAUGCAGUAAGCUGCAUGGCUGUAGCCAUGUUCUCCGAAUAGACUGCCCUUAGUGUGGCUGGCCAGAUUUAGUGGUAGGCAGCUUGGCUUGCAUGCCAGUGACACAUGACAUGUCACUGGCCCACCAAUCCAUGUUUUACUCACUAAGCUGGGAUGUAUGCAAUCAUGUAUUAGCCAAAAGCAGAUAACUGCACACAAUUAGAGCCACCAUAAACACUUGCAGACAUUAAAAUGAGACAAAUCUUUAGGCCACCU